AUGGAUGGCCGGCAGGGAAACCCGCUGUUGAGGGAGUUGCUCAAGCCAAGGUCCGCAGCCGAGAACGAGCCAUGCAAAGCCAAAUCUGCCGAUGACAAGACUCCAGAGACAAUAGUGAAUUUUCGCCAGUUUGAAGGCCAACUGCAACUCACGCCGGAACAACAAGUCCUUUGUCAGCAGUUAUGGAAGAAGCACCAGAGAAUACGGAUUUUGUUGGCCGACCAGUUUCAGCAGAUGGAACAAAUCACGGAACAGCUCAAUUUUGUCAUGCCCAAAAGACUGAAAACGGAAUCUUCAAUCACAGGUGAGAAAGUGGCUCCGAAGGAGUCUGCACCACUGCGCUCAGAAUCAGCUGCAACAGCUGUAACCAGGUCUCCGACUUUAACGCCUUCAACAGCAUCAGAGAGCCAACAGACUGCAUGGCGACUUAAAACGAAUGACAGUUCGUUCGUGACCCCAAAUUCCUUACAGUCCCCAACAGGCAGUCCUGCAGAAUACUGCCAGUCGCCAUCGCCAACGGUGACAAACGAGAAUAAAAGAACUCUUCGACAGCUUUUAGAGAGGCCAGAAACCGGUACGGAACAUGCGUUGGGAUCAUCUCCAAAGGCGACCACAAAAGGAGCCUUCCAAGCUCAACAAGGGGCAUCAUUUGCUGCCGUUACACCGGUACUUCAGUCGCCAGAGCAGUCACCGAGAACCUGUACAUCGGAUAACAUGCAGGGCGUGUUUUCCCAGACGGUCGCUGAUGCAUUAAAAAAUGGGCGGUACUCUACCAUCCAACCACCUAAGAGCAACUUGACGCCGAGCCUUUCACCGUCGCCAAGAACAUCCCCAAGCGAAACUUCAGACGCCUUACAGUCGCCAGUUAAGCCGUAUACAGAUGACGGUUUAUUCAACUUUCAUGCUUCGACUUAUCCUUCUACAAGUAGUGUGAGACAUCAAGAGACCGAUUCGCAGUUAAAACCAUCUGCAAACGGAACUUCAGACAUUUUAGGCUCGCCUAUGCAAUCAUAUGCAGCUGACAGUGCAUGUAACUUUCAGACAGCCUCUCAGCCCUCUACAAGCGGCCAUAUACCCAGCCAAAAACCAUUACAAUCUUGGGGAGACGGUUGCCAAAUGAGGAACACCGAACAGCAACUACAUUCCUUGGGUCAUCGUGACCUGGAGAUCCUGCAACCAUUCCAUCAACCUCUUCCAAGCUUCCAAAAACCUCAAAGUGCUUCUCAAUUAUGGCCCAGUUCAUCGGCGUUCGGAGAUUUAAGUGUAAGGGAACAACUUCUGCGAAUACAGUUGCUCCAGCAGCAGCUUCUACUCCAGCAGCAAGCUCAGGCCCUGCAAGGUGCCCAGCUCUGGCCAUCAUCACAGGAAACCAUGAUGGACGACCCUUGGAUCACUGACGCGUCUCGAAUCCUCUCCUUAGACGAUGGGUCAAUUAUACCCCAGCAGCACGCAGGGCGGGCUGCAACCGACCACGAGAAAGAGUUGAUGUUGCUGCACGAUUUCAUACAGGGUACUUCAUUUCCUGCGCUUUCGCAGUCGGAAUGAGGUGACAUUUCACAUCACGUGGUUGAUCACAUGAUUAGUGACAAUUCGGAAGAUCUCGGCAAAUUUCGCACAUCUUAUCAUUGAUAGCUGUUGGAGUUUGUGUUUGCAUUUUUUGUCAUCUGUGGGACAACGACGUCCUCGGUCAUAAGAUGUUUACAUUAAUAAACUUUUUUCCAAUUUUACAAGUCAUUUUACAUGAGGUAUGAUGUUCAAAACGGACGAAAGAAAAUUCACAACAGUUGUUUAAAACCUUAUUUAGUUUUAAUGUGCAUCUUUGUGUGAAUCCCUGUACAAAUUGACCGAAGUCAAGGCAAUUUUAUUGAUGCUGUGUUUAAAUGGCAAUUUCGAUACUUAAAAUGUAAUCAAGAAUUUAUAUAAGCGGUGAUAUAAUGAUCUAUGCCUAA